GCUCCCUACCAGAACAUGACUCUCGAAAAGGAUCUCCUUCAUCCCUCUCCAGAAGCAGAAAAGAGGAAACACAAGAAAAAGCACCCGGUGCAGAGCCCCAAUUCCUCCUUUAUGGAUGUGAAGUGUCCAGGACGCUAUAAAAUCAUCACGGUCUUUAGCCAUGCACAAACGGUAGUCUUGUGUGUUGGCUGCUCCACUGUCCUCUGUCAGCCCACAGGCGGAAAAGCAAGGCUGACAGAAGGAUGCUCCUUCAGGAGGAAGCAGCACUAAAAAGCACCUGACUCAAGAUGAGUGGGAACCAUCCCAAUAAACACAUUUUGGAUUUAAAAAAAAAAAAAAGCAACACCCCUUU